UUUCGCCGAUACGGUCACAAUCAGCUUAAACAAUAAAGUAUAAAAGAAAAAGUGUAGCAAAUUGCCGUUAGUGGUUAAGAACUAUUCUAAAUGUGGGGAGCGGUGAUAAGCCAAAGUAGCCGUUGGGUCUGAGUGAAGCGUAAUAUUUGCAUAAACGAGAGCACUUAAACUAGGCGAAUGAUAAUUGCGUUGUUUUUCAAACAAAUUUAUUCACACUGCUUUGAAAGGCUUUCGGUCUAUAAAUAUCAAUGAGUGAUGGAAAAAGCAACGGCAUGCGACAACAGCGGUCAAGUCUAUCGCGCGACAACAUUACCCACCACCAACGACAACGAUGGCUUAGAUAAUAGUAGUAAAAAGCCGGCAGCAGCAACGUCACCGUCACAGGCGAAGCCAAAGAAAGUGCGUCGCGACAAAAGUGAUUUGGGUGAGAAUUUCAAAGCGCCAGAUGGCGGCUGGGCGUGGUUGGUGUGCAUCGCUGCCGGUUGUUCGAACCUGUCGAUCUAUCCAUGUCUGCAGCAGUUCGGUUUUAUAUUCCGCGAACGUUUAGGCGUUCUAGGUCUAACCAGUUCACAAAUCACAACAAUUAUUAAUACCAAUCCGGCUGUGUCGGCGUGUACAGGACUCUUAAAUGGACCAAUGUUUCGACGCUUCACCUUUCGCCAGGUUGCCUUAGCAGGUUCAUUUUUCAUCUUCGCUGGUCUAAUGUUAACAGCCUUUUGCGAAUCCUUUAUCGGCUACAUGAUAACUUAUGCGCUGCUCUUUGGCUUUGGUGUCGGCAUUAGCGUCUCCGCCUCGUCACUUGCCAUAAACACUUACUUCAAGAACAAAAGGCGUCGCGCAGCUGGCUUUUCGUGGACACUCACUGGCCUCGGGCCGAUUUUCUUGCCACACGUAGUCACACUAUUCGUCGCGUAUUAUGGCGUGCAAGGCACCGUGAUCAUAUUCGCCGCACUCUCUUUGCAUUCUAUGGUUUGUGCACUUAUCUAUCAGCCGGUGCGCCAUCAUGCACCGCCCCCCGAUGCCCCCGAAGCGGCGGGAGAUUCGGGCAUUGCGGCCGGCGAAGCGGAAUAUCUCUGUGAAUACUGUCAAAUACAAUGCAAACGUAACGGUAUCUUCUCCAGCCAAUACUUGUAUCAGGACGAUGACGAAGCUAUGCCUGGGUAUGAAAUAAUCGAGCCGGGCACGCCGAUGUUGUCACGCGCCAAUGACGGUUGGUUCGGUUCGAAGUUGUCGUUGGCCUCAAUGCAUAGAGCGGGUACACCACGCUUUCGUACCGUCUCCAGUUCGAAAGAUAUCGAGGGUAUAACACGACUCAAUCGUGUGAUAUCUGAGGAAGAACUGAAGACGGCCGAGGUUUACAAACCGAACAACUUCAAACGUGAACGCGACGAAGUGCUGAUGAAGCAGUCGGCAAGCAAUGGCAACUUUCGUGCGCCACCACAUCAUGGUGGCUUACAUGGCACGACGGCUCCAUUAUAUUGUACUUGUGCCGAGGAGCGUAUGCUGCUCGAAAAGGCGCAGCUUCGUUCAAGUCUUACCAAUAAAAGGCUGGAAACAACGGCGGAGGAAGACGAAGAUGCCGCAAUGUCUGUGAAGAGUUUCACCUUCUUACAGAAAGUGGUGGCUUUCUUUGAUCUGGAUUUGUUGCGUGAUUUCACGUUCGUCAAUCUGGUGAUGGGUUUGACGAUUAUCAAUUUCGGUGAAUUGAAUUUUUCCAUACUAACGCCAUUUAUACUAAAUGACUUCGGAUUUACCACCUCGCAAAUUACGUCGGCUAUGUCUGUGCUGGGUGGUUUGGAUAUUAUUGUGCGAUUCAUCGUGCCUUUCGUCACGGAGAAAAUACCGUGGGAUAAUCGUGUCUUCUUCCUAAUAGGCGUCGUUGGCAUUGCACUAGGUCGCACUGUCGUCGCCUGCACUCGCUCCUACACGGUCAUACUUUGCACCUUCGUUUGGAUUGGAAUGUGCAAAGGUGUGCGCACUAUUUUCUGGCCACUGAUCAUACCCGGUUGUGUGCCACUGAAACGUUUGCCAGCCGCUUCCGGUUUGCAAUUGCUCAUUUCCGGUCUGUUUACGUUUGCCUGUGGACCUUUUGUAGGUCUUAUACGCGAUCGUUUCAACUAUUCGAUCACCUUGCAUUUCCUGAACAUGAUGUCAUUUAUUGCUGCCAUCUCGUGGUCGCUUGAGGCGCUGGUGCGCCGUUAUCGCCGUCGUUGUCGCGAACGCAAACGAACUUGCGUCACAUGACUAUACGCCGUUAACGUAAUGUAAUGUUGCUUGAGUCUACGCUAGAUGCCGCUCUUGUGUCACAGACGCAAACCAGUACUUUUCCAACACAAAAGAGCUGUCAUCAUGCUUGUACAUAUGUAUGUAUAUAUGGACAUAAAUUGGAAUUGUGUGGGAGAAAUACUAUAUAUGUACAUAUGUAUAUACUUAAUUUAUAAGCCUAAUGAUUUUCAUAUUCAUAUUUCCUAUAAUAUGUAAUAUAACAAUUAACAUAUGUAAAUACCACAUACUAUAUACAUAUGUAUGUAUAUCCACUUAUCUUCAGAUCAGCAUAAUUAAGCCAUAAGAACUACAUUUAAGGUAGAAAACGUCUAGUUGUCAACAAAACUUAAUUUUACA